CGAAUUUAUAAUCAAGGGCAUCCAAGGCGAGCAAGGAGGAUCUUGCGUCGCUUGGCCGUUUCUGAGGCAGCAGAAGUACUGUACAUAUCGCGCGUUCGGCCACUGUGCGAGCACCGUUCGAAAAUUGCAGCAGCCGCGGCUCAGCAAAGCAAAAGCCAUGUCCGCCCUCAGCAGGCAGCUCUCGCAAUCUAGCAUCAAGGACAGUUCUCCUGUACAACAACGCAAGACCAUCGUAGAUAAUCCCGUGCCCCAGCUGCCGCCGGGCGCGUCGUCGCCGCGCGAUAACCCCGUGCUGUUGGACGUGGCGCCCAAUACGAAUAAAUAUAGGACGCCCUCGGACAAACUUGUGCUCAUUUUAGUCGGACUGCCCGCGAGAGGAAAGACAUUUAUUGCAAGGAAGAUCUGUCGAUACCUGGAAUUUUUUCAUGCAGCUUCUGUAAGAGUAUUCAACAUCGGGAAUUAUAGAAGGGAGCUCCACGGGCCGCACCACGACGCGGCCUGGUUCGACCCCGCGAAUCCCGUGGGCUUGAAGCAGCGCAAGGCGGCGACGGAUGCUGCUUUAAAAGACCUCAAGGAGUGGGUCGCGGAGGCAAAUGAUGGACGCGUAGCUAUUUUAGAUGGCACGCACUCGACGCUCGCGAAGCGCCAGUACGCCAUCCAGACCCUCAAAUCCUUAGAAGUCAAAAUCAUCAUGAUCGAGAGCGUCUGCACGGACCCCGAGACCGUCGAGAGGAAUAUAAGGCAUUGUAAGCUGGGCACGCCGGAUUAUGUCGGUAUUCCCGUGGACGAGGCGACGCGCGACUUCCGGGCGAGGGUCGCGGCCUACGAGUCGACGUACGAGACCAUCGACGCGCCUUCUACGAACGGCGUCGAGAAGAACCGGUCCUGGAUCAAGAUCGUCGAUUGUCGGCGGUUCGUGAUCAACAACGUCCGAGGGUUUCUUCCUUCUCGGUUGAUCCAGUUUUUGAGCCACCUACACAUGGAGCCGCACGCCUUUUAUCUGUCAAGACACGGGCAGAGCGAGUAUAAUGUCUUGGGGAAGAUCGGCGGCGACUCCGGCCUAUCGCCGCUCGGCGACGCCUACGCGAAGGCUCUAGCAAGGUUUUGUAGAGAUGAGGUCACGAAAGGAGAAAAGGGCGAGCGGCCCGCGCGGCUCUGGACCUCCACACUCAGAAGGACGCGAGAAACAGCUAGAUACAUCUCGCACCACUCCAUCACCAUUGAUUAUGACCAGGACGACGUCGAUCAUGCGCAGGAGUGGGUGCAGCUCCGACCGGUCGCCUGGUCGAAUCUCGAUGAAUUAUUUGCGGGGGUGUGCGACGGGAUGACCUACGAAGAAAUAGAAAAACACUACCCCGACGAAUUCAGGAGAAGGCAGAACGACAAGCUGGCGUACAGGUAUCCAAGGGGCGAGAGUUACCUAGACAUGAUCCAUCGGCUCGAUCAGAUGGUCUUCGAGAUGGAUAGGCAUAGGGAACCGUUGUUGAUCGUGGCCCAUCAAGGUAUUUUGCGGCUAUUGUACGCGUACCUCAUGGACAUGCCGCGCGAGGAGGCGCCGUACGUGUCCAUUCCUUUAAACACGGUCAUCAAGCUCGAGCCCAAGGUUUAUGGGUGCGACGAGAAGCGCUUCGAGCUGCUGCGGAAGUGUCCCAAUCCCGACGGUCAAAAAGAAACGCGGCUCAAGAAAUCGGAAUCCGUCGACGACGACCCGCUCUUCCGCGACGACGACCCGCCGUCGCACUAGGUACCACGUA